AUGCGUUACGCAUACGCGGUACACCCAGCGCGGGUAUCACAGGUUAUGUGGGACUCCUCCUGUGGCCCCACCCCCGAAGGGGCUAGACAAGAAACAGGAGUUUACCCACUAAAACUCAGCGAUGUCCCUCGCAUGGAAGGCGAUGCACGGGAUCGGCCCGGAGACAAUACACCGCGCGUGAAGGAUUCUGAUGUGCCGGAGCUGGCGGCGGAGUACCCACGCCUGAUCGUCGACACCACCGCAUUAUGCAUAGAAAUAGUCAUGUCUUUAGUGUUCAUUGUGGGACUACAUAGGUCCAAGGAACUCGACCACGUAGACCACCAGGGAGAUGUCGUAGUGAUUAAUCAUGUUCAUGGUGCUCCAGAAGACGAACAACAGCAACAAAACCAUCACUUGCAUCGACAUCCAGAUAACCCAUGGCCUUACUAA